AUGCAAUUGCCCAGCUCAUUGCAAAGCGACGAUUGCACCACGGUCUUCCUCUGCGGCGUCAAGGGGAAAAGAAGCAUCGGUGAGACGGGAGACUGGCCCACAGCCCCCAGGGCGAGCUCAAAUGCUCGGGCAAAGCCGCAUUUUCUCUGUCUUCUUGUUCCACGUCAGCAUCGUGGCACCAGCCGGAGUGCCUCCGGCACAGCGCCGACGUCGCCAACGGCAGAAUGCGUUGGUACCUGCCCGAGAUGACCGGCCUAGUGCCCGCCGGGUGCUUCCGGCACAGCGCCGACGUCGUCAACGGCAUGCUGGUCGUGUUUGGCGGCUUCGACGGCCGCGAGAGCAUCAGCGAGGUGUGCGUGCUGGACCUGACCGAGAUGCGCUGGUUCCGGCCCAGGGUGGACAUGAACGGCAUCUCGUGGCGCAGCCACUUCAUGCACACAUCCAACGUCAUAGGCGACCGCAUCUUCGCCAUCCGCACCCUCGUGCAGGGCGACACCAGCUGCGUACUGAUCCUCGAUACGGCCUGCUGGCGGUGGUACGAGGUCAUUGACGACACGUGGCCGUCGCGGCUGCGGCUGUCGUACACGUCGUCGGUGGUGGAUGAGCACAUCUACGUGUAUGGCGGCAUGAGUGAGGACUGCACGGUCUUCAGCGAUGUGGACGUCUUCGAUACGCACCUGUGCAAGUGGACCACCCGGCCUGUCAGAGGGCCCAGCCCGCCACCGCGGCACUCCCACACGGUGAAGUGGGGGGGAGGGCAGGGGAGGGGACCGAAUGAAUGAGUAGAAUCACACAUGCAUACAGACAAGCGACUUGCACGUCUGUUGGUUGUAUGUAUUGUCCAUCCGAACCGUCCAGGCGACGGUUGUGGAUCAUCGCAUCUACAUCAUGGGAGGGACGUGCGACCCCGACACGGUGGUUCCCCGCAGCUACCCCGACGUGUGGUACCUGGACAUCCCCACACUCACCUGGCACCAACUCACAUGCACUGGUGCGGUCAGAUGAUGGCAGGAUGGCAGGGAGGGAGGCAGGGUGGUGCAGAUGGUCUGACUCCGUCUGUUAGGAUCGCCGCCCUCGAACCUGGUGUUUCACAACGCUGUCUGUUUCGAUGACAAUCAGCUGGCAGUGCUGUGGGGCCGCACCGGACAGAAGCACAGUAAGCACCCUCCCUACCUUUCACACACACAGACCAUAUCAGUGGGCACACACGAACAUGCCCCUCUCGCGGCCCCUGCCCCGUGUGUGUCAGUGCGUCUGCAUCUGCUCAACGUCCGUUCUGGCGAGUGGAUUGAGGUCAAGGUUGACGGCGACAAGCCGUUGCGCCGCAUCGGGUGCAGCUGCACGGUCAUCGGGCGGCAGCUGCUGCUGUACGGCGGCUUCACCGAGUUCAGGGGGCGGCAGGCCGUGUGCACGGACCUGCGUGUGCUGGACCUGACAGAUGAUGGGCAAGGCAUCCCGUGGAUCAGGAACCCUGAGGUCCUGCAGACCGCUCUAGGUCAGUUGGGUAGGUGGCACGGGGGAAGCGACAAAUGCAUGUAUGUGUCCGUCCAUCCAUCCAUGCAGGUGAGGUUGAAGCAAAGGAGCCUCUCGCUCUCAACGGCAGCGUUCCACCCGUCCCCUCAGCCCCCGACACCCCCACUCUCCUGCCCCCCUGCCUCACCGACCCCCUCCCGCGUCUCGAGCGCAUCUUCCGCGAACUGCAGGACGACGACCUGGGCGCUGCCCUCUUCAAUCUCACCUGCGGCACACACGGGGCGGCGUCAACACGGUACCGCGAUUCCGGCAUCAACACGCCAGAGCAGGAGAAGCAGCCGCGCGCACCCCAUCUGACAGUGGCGGCAUCUCUGUCGCUGCCGCGGUUGGCGAGUGAGAGUAAUGAGGAUGGCGAGAGCAGCCAGCCGUCGGCCCAGGGAACGGAUUCCAGGCCGCGGGCAGACAGUGGGUCGUGUCCCUCGUCGAGCUCGCUGGACGGCCCACAGUCGCUAGAGCCGCCUGUGGCUGCUCCUGCCCCAUCCGCCCCAUCACUCGUGCCACCAUCUGCAUCAUCUGCGAUAUCGCAGCCCCUGGACCAGUCGCAGCAGCAGCAGCAGCCACGUCGGUCAAUGGGGAGUCCUGGCGGUGGUGGUGGUUUAUUUGGUCCGCUGCCGGCAGGUGUGCCUGAGGACUGGUUGGAGGGAUGGGACAACGACGAUGAGGAGGAACACCUGACCUUCGAGCAGGCACUGCAGGAAGAGCUGAGGCUGCAGGUACGUAGGUGGGGAUGGAUGUGGGCAGCGAGGGAGGGAGGGAGGGAGGGACGACAGAGACGGGUAAGUAUGUGUGUGUGGAUGUUUUGUUGUGCAAUGUGUGGUUGGUUGAAUGGUGUCUGUCAUGUGAUAGGAGGAGGAUCGUCGGCGUCAGGAGAAGAAGGCGGCCAAGCGGCAGAAGCAGAAGAAACGCAAACAGCAAAAGGACCAGCAGUAGACGGACAGACAGACGAUGGAUGGAUGCUGGAGUUACUAGUUGGUCAGGGAGGAGCAGGAAGGGGGUGUUUUGUCUGUGUGUUGAUAGGCUGCUUGUCUUGUGUGUGGGGCAUGGAUGGAGGCUGGGCUGCUUGCAUGCAAUGAUGGGUGGAGGCACACACACAUGCAGGGUGCGGUGUGUGGAUCAAACAGCUGUGAACCAACUUUGUCUAGCUGAGUGAAAGAGCGCCAUCUUUGGUCCACCUAUCUAUCUUGGAACGAACGCAUGUGACGGCGCGAUGUGCAAUGAAUUCAAUCGCGAUCGGUGC